AUGCCGACCAUCAUCCACACCAAGACCAACAAGGCCCACGCCCGCAAGAGUGUGGGCUUCGCCGAGGGCGAAAUCACCGGCAUCUCGCGCCCUGCCAGCAUCGCCGAGAGCUGGGCCCUGUACGACUUCGAGAUGCACGCCCGCAACUGCGCGGCGUGCCGCAACCCCUACGAGGUGCACAAGACGGGCGGCCAGCUUUGCGAGGACGGCCACCGCUUCGCCCAGGCCAUCGCCCGCUGCCUGUACAUGCGCAAGGACGGCCAGAUCUGCAGCACCGGCGACGACUGGCACAUGGUGCGCAUCGAGAUCUCGCCGAGCUACGAGGAGGCCCGCGGCCUGCUGCGCGCAGUCGAGCGUGCCAUGAGGCACCGCCGCCGCUUCGUUUCAAUGGACAAGAGCUACCCCGUCGCGCCCCGCCUGCCCGAACGCCCCAAGCAACAGCACAAGCCGGUGCAGGCGACGGUCGUUCACGUCGAGGAGGUGCCCACGGCAACGACGACGACGCCCCGCAAGCACCGCGCCGAGCAUCGCGAGAUGGUCGACUGGCCCGUCCGCUCGCUCGUCGAAGUCUCGCACUCCAAGACCAAGCGCGGCUCGCUGUACGAGGCCGACGUCGCUGAGCAGCGCCGCGCCUACUCCAAGUACCACGUCGAGGUGCGCGAGCCCUCGCACAGGGAUAUCCGCGAGCACCGCUCCUCGGGCUACUACCGCUGA